GGUCCGAAUCUCUUCAUUCCUACUUUAUCACCACACAUUUGCAAGAUGACGACCCGAAAGCACAACGAGUUCCUGGGUGCGCCCAGUGACGAUGACGAGGCCAGUGUCCGUGGCUAUGACUCCGAGGAGAAUGUAGCCGAGUCGAAAGGCCGGGCCGUGAAGAAGCGCCGAACCGAUACACAAGACUUCUUCGGUCUAGGGUCAGACGAGGAUGAAUCCGCAGAUGAGCAAGAGGAGGAGGAAUCUGGGGUAGUCAAAGGCAAGGGCCGCAAACAAUCAAAGUCUACGAAGCGAGAUUCCGCCUUGGAGGAGGGCGAGGAAAUCGAAGCCGAAAAUGACGAGCACGAGGAGGACGAAGAUGGAGGCGCAUACCUCGACACCGCAUCCGACGAAAAGAAGCGCUCAAAAAUCCUAUCCACAAAGCUCCUCAAAAAGCCCAAGAAGGACAAGAGCGGCGUUGUCUACCUCUCAUCACUGCCACCAUACCUCAAACCAUUCGCGCUCAAGAAUAUCAUGGAAAAGCGUGGAUUCGGUCCGAUCCGAAAGGUCUUCUUCGCUCCACUCCUUCCUACGAACUCCUCGAUCCCGCGACGCAGUAAUAAGCGCAAACUUUACUCGGAGGGUUGGAUUGAAUUCGAGUCCAAGAAGACUGCGCGGUUGGCGGCGGAGGCUAUGAAUGCUCGUCCGCUUGGUGGGCCUAAGGGGAUGUAUUAUCGUGAUGAUGUUAUAAACAUGCGGUAUCUAUCUGGGUUCAAAUGGGCUGAUUUGAUGGAAACUGUCCAGCGCGAGAGAUCCGAAAGAGAAAGCAAACAGCGCAUGGCGGAUAUCCGAGCGAAGAAGGAAGAGAAGGUCUUCUUGGCGGGUGUCGAGGCAGGUCGACGUUUGGACGGCAUCACCCAGAAGAACGAAGAGAAGAGGAAGCGCAAGGCCGAAGCCGAGGGCAAAACCGAAGGCGUGGACGCCGAGCCAAAGAUGCCCGCAGCCGUGCGGAGACGUUUCGUCCAGAACAAUGUCGUUACUGCGGCUGAUAGGGACGAGAAGGCUAUUGGGAAUGAGGCUAAGAGGGUACUUGGGAAAAUUUUCUAAUGUUUUGAUUCAAGUACUUAGUACUCUACUAUUCAGCGUAUAAAGAACGAACCUUCAUACAUCCCAGUGGAUCCAUUAAUCAUGAAGAUAGAGCGAAACAGGAC